AUGGAAAAUAAAAUGAACAUUGAAUCUGACGUUUUAGUGAAUGUUACCAAGUUUAUUGGUGAAAUGAAAAGUGCUUUAAGUCAUAUGAUUAGUGCCUUAGUUGAACUUAAUGCAACAAUAAGAAAGAGACAAUUGGAACAAGUUACUAUCAUGAAUGAACCAGUAAAAAAGGAAACACCUCCAUCAUCGCCAAUUAAAAACGAAACGCCUGUUGAAAGUCAACCGCCUGAAAAGAUUGAAGUGAAAGUGAAUGACAAUGAACAAGAAGAAAAACCAACUAUCCAUCAAUCGCCUAAAAAACGAUUCCUGGCGGUUGAGAAACAGGCGAUUGAAAAAGAACAGACGCCUGAAGAAGGUGAAUGUGAAACCUCUGAUGAAGAAACACGUCAGGCGGUUGACAAAAUUCAAGAAAUAACGAAAGAAAUGCAACAAACUGAGAUUGAUCGCCAGAUCAUCAAGACGAAAAAGAUUCAAGAGGAAGAAAAAGAAAAGGAAAAGAAUGAAAUGGAACAGGCGAAAAAAGAGGUGGAAGAAAUAGUAAAGGAAAAGAAAAAGAAAAAGGAAAAGAGCAAGAAAAAGAAUGUUCCAGAAGCAAUAACAAUCCCGUCAACCCCUCCCCAAGUCCAACCGCCAAAAAGAAAAUCAGAAAGUCCAGGCGAAAUCCCACCAAAGAUAGUCAAAAAGGACCCGGAUGAAAACGUCCAAGUCUACCAAUGUAUUAUAAAAGACUGUGAUUAUCCCGCAAUUAUCCUGGACGACAUUAAAACUCAUUAUAAAAUGGCACAUAAGCUAGUAAUGGACGAAAUUCGCUCAGAUAGAGUCAAGCCAUUUGGCGAAUACAAAGUAGAAAAACUCGCCUGGAUCCAGUCGUACAAAGCCAGGAAACAAAAUGCCAAAGAAAAAUAA